ACACCAGCCUUUUCAUCCUUGGCUGCUCAUCCACCCCUCCUAAUAGCUCCAUCCUUCCCUCUCCGUCUCCCUCUCCAUCCCCCCAGCCACCCGCAUGCCCACCACCGGCAUGCCUCCCAUUGCUCGACCCCGCCGCAUUGUCGGCGUCUCGCUGAAAAUGUACUUUGACCUGCCCAGCACCCUCUCCUACAUCCGUGGUGUCCUGCAACUCGAUGGCGAUGCCUGGAAUGCCCGCAUCGACCUCUUCGUCAUCCCCGACUUUGUCUCCUUGACCGAAUCAGCCCGCAUCCUCGAGUCGUCGUCCAUCAUCCUCGGCGCUCAAGACACCUUCUGGGAGGACAAGGGCGCCUACACAGGAGAAGUCAGCCCGCUUAUCUUGAGACAGGCCGGUGCGAGAAUUGUCGAGAUUGGCCAUGCCGAACGGAGAGCCCUCUUUGGUGAAAACGACGAGACGGUUGCGAAAAAGGCAGGGGCUGCUGCGAGAAACGGCCUCAUUCCGCUCGUCUGCAUUGGCGAGAAGACGCAUCACGGUGUCGCUUCAGCGGCCGUCGGAGCUGCUGUAGACGAAUGCACCCCCCAGGUCAAGUCGGUCCUGGCUGCCGUGCCCGACGACACCGAGGUUAUUCUGGCUUAUGAGCCUGUGUGGGCCAUAGGCGCAAAGGAGCCUGCAGAUCCUGACCACGUAGUCAUGGUGACAAAAGCGCUGAGGUCGCUGGCUGCUGGCCGCAAAGGUCUAACAAGAAUCGUCUAUGGCGGCAGUGCCGGUCCAGGAACUUUCGCAAAGAUUGCCGACGGCGUAGACGGCUUGUUCUUGGGCCGUUUUGCACAUGACCUCCACAAUCUCAAGAAAGUCAUAGAAGAAGUCGGUGGUGCUUGAUGUGUGUAAAGAAAGAAAAAUGCGUUUCCAUAUUCCAAGAAUACGACAUGCUGCAGUUUCAGACUGGGGCAGGACGCCGGUGGAGUGACUGAGAGAGAGAGAGAGAGAGAGAGAGAUAUUACCUGGCAUCCCGUGACUGGCACUCGCGCAUCACCUGCUCUUCAUUGCAAUACAUGACGAGAUUGCAUUGCGCUCUCGUCGCCCUAUGCUAGGUUACUUCUUCCAGCCUAUGAGGCCGAAUGGUAUGUGUGACGUC